CAGCUGUUUGGAAUGUCCGAGAGGACACUCGUCGACUUUGUGAUUGCCACAGCACAAAGUGCCAAAUCGCCCGAGGCAUUGUUCAUGUCUUUACAAGCCGCUGAUAUCCCUGCUACUGACCAAGCUCGCCGUUUCGCGCACGAUCUGUUUGCUCGAGUACCACGAAAAGUCAAAGCAUCAUCCACCGAAAAAGCACAGAGAAAGAGAGAAGAAGCAGAAGUGUCCAAAAUGCGAAAAGCAAACGAGUCAUACUCAUUGUUACUUGAGGAUGAC